AUGAAUUUUGAUUACUUGCAAAAUUUAAAUAUCGAUUUUGGCACUGCCAGUGAUUCAACCAUUUCACCACAAAUUGAUCAAAGUGAAUUGGAUUUGUUUUCACAAGCUGCCAAUAAUGACUUCUUUUCUUUAGAUGUAUUUGGCAAUGAUCAAAUUCCAAUCAAACCAAAACAAGAAACCAUUCAACUUAAACAAGAACCAAUAGAUAAUCAACCACCAUCACAACAACAACCACAAUUUACUGAUUUCCAAUUUACAAAUAUCACUCCACCUCAACAAGAACAAUUUACUAUUCCUUCACAACCAAUCACAACUAGUAAUAAAAAAGUUGAAGACAAAGUAGCAACAGUGGCUGCUCAAGAAGAUAAGAGAAAGAGAAACACAGCAGCAAGUGCAAGAUUUAGAAUUAAAAAGAAGUUGAAGGAACAAGAACUAAUACAACGUUCUAAAGAAUUGGAAGAAAAAGUAUCUGUAUUGGAAAAGAAAUUAAAGAGUAUAGAAAUGGAAAAUAAAAUACUUAAAUCAAUUCUUUUAAAAGAACAAGAAAAGAAAAAUGAUGAUUUAUUGGAAACAAUUAAAAAGAGAAGUCUAGAUGAUUGGCAUUGGAGUUCUUGA